AUGACGAAGUCGAGCGGCGGGGAGCAGGGCUGAGGCGGCGGUGGAGGAGCGGAGCCCUCUUGAAAGGCUCCCUCCUGCCGCCGGGCCGCGCGGGCAGGGGCAAGGCAGGGGGCCGCGAGGUUUCCUUCAAGUGAAAGAAGAGAAUGUCAAGACGCAGUAGCCGUUUACAAGCUAAACAGCAGCCCCAGGCCAGUCAGACGGAUUCCCCGCAAGAAGCCCAAGUAAUUCAGGCCAAGAAGAGGAAAACGGCCCAAGAUGUCAAAAAAAGAAAAGAGGAGGUCACCAAGAAACAACAGUAUGAAAUUAGGAAUUGUUGGCCACCUGUAUUAUCCGGGGGGAUCAGUCCUUGCAUUAUCAUUGAAACACCCCACAAAGAAAUAGGAACAAGUGACUUCUCCAGAUUCACAAAUUAUAGAUUUAAAAAUCUUUUUAUUAAUCCUUCACCUUUACCUGAUUUAAGCUGGGGAUGUUCACAAGAUGUUUGGCUAAACAUGUUAAAAAAAGAGACCAGAUAUGUUCACGACAAACAUUUUGAAGUUCUGCAUUCUGAGUUGGAACCACAGAUGAGGUCAAUACUUCUAGACUGGCUUUUAGAGGUAUGUGAAGUAUACACACUUCAUAGGGAAACAUUUUAUCUUGCACAAGACUUUUUUGAUAGAUUUAUGUUGACACAAAAGGAUAUAAAUAAAAAUAUGCUUCAACUGAUUGGAAUUACCUCAUUAUUCAUUGCUUCCAAACUUGAGGAAAUCUACGCUCCUAAGCUCCAAGAGUUUGCUUAUGUCACUGAUGGUGCUUGCAGUGAAGAGGAUAUCUUAAGUAUGGAACUUGCUAUAUUAAAGGCUUUAAAAUGGGAACUUUGUCCUGUAACGGUCAUCUCCUGGCUCAAUCUUUUCCUCCAAGUUGAUGCUCUUAAAGAUGCUCCUAAAGUUCUUCUACCUCAGUAUUCUCAGGAAAAGUUCAUUCAAAUUGCUCAGCUUUUAGAUCUGUGUAUUUUAGCCAUCGAUUCAUUAGAGUUCCAGUACAGAAUACUGGCUGCUGCUGCCUUGUGCCACUUUACCUCUAUUGAAGUGGUUAAGAAAGCCUCAGGUUUGGAAUGGGACAACAUUUCUGAAUGUGUAGACUGGAUGGUACCUUUUGUCAGUGUAGUAAAAAGUACUAGCCCAGCGAAGCUUAAGAUUUUUAAGAAGAUUUCUAUGGAAGACAGACACAACAUACAGACACAUACAAAUUAUCUGGCUAUGCUGGAUGAAGUAAAUUAUGUAAACACCUUCAGGAAGGAGGGACAGUUGUCACCAGUGUGCAAUGGAGGCAUUAUGACACCACCGAAGAGCACUGAAAAACCACCAGGAAAACACUAAGAAAGUUAACUGAGCAAACAACUUGGAACUGAUGAAGUGCUGCACAGCAUUUCACGGAACUUAAGUUUUACAGGAAAAUAGUGCUGUGACUGUCCUGCCAAUUCAGAAGUUUCACUGCCAUUCUUUGAUUUAAAAACCACUUAAAAUUGGCACUAAGGAGGAAAUGUAUUUAAUUCCCAUGUUAGCUGUUUAAAGAAACAGCAGUACUUGUUUACAAAGAUGACUUCAUUCCCAAUACUGGCUGGAUAAAAGCCAGCCACGAUUUAUGCCAUAACAAGUCUUUUGACCCAGUGUUGCUAUGUUUAUCUUGAUAAACUAGGAAUUUCAUCAUUGGAAUUUUCAACUAGAUAACUGUUACCUUAAAGGGUAUAUUAAAUGAUACAGUACUUUGAAUCUAGUUUUUAGAUUCUCAAAAUUUAUAAACUCUUAACUAGUGCAAUUUGGUUCUUGAAAAUAAAAUUUAAACUUGUUUACAAAGGUUUAGUUUUUUAAUAAGGUGACUAAUUUAUCUAUAGCUGCUGUAGCAAGCAAGCUAUUAUAAAACUUGAAUUUUUAAAAAAUGGUGAACUUUCAUCUUUUUGACUAUUUUUAUUUGCCUUGCUAUAUAAAACAUUUUUAACCAGUAAAGCUUAGAUGAACAUGGUGUUUAAACUGUACUCUGAACAGUGGGAAUACCAAAGAAAUUAUAAACAAGAUAAAACCUGUGGCUCCUACUUGGGGCUUUGACAUAAAGGUUGCUUUAUAAUAAUUCUUUGUACAUCACAAUUGGGGCGAAAAACUUAAGUACCCUUUCAAACUAUUUAUAUGACAAAGUCACUUUAUUACUCUAAAAAAAAUCUUUAGAGUUAUCUUAAUUUAGUGUGACUAAGGCUUUAUUUAUAUUUACAAAACUGCUAAGGUCCUUUUUAAAUUCUUACAUUAUGAGUUAAGGACAGUGUCAAAGUGAUAAAGCUUAACACUUGACCUAAACUUCUAUUUUCUUAAGGCAGAAAAGCAGUAAAUGUAUACUGACUCCUAGAAAUCUAUUUAUUUU